GUCAAGGCCCUCCGGAAAGUGAUGGAUGACGACCAGCUCCAUGCGGAAGAGCUUCAAAUGCAGAACCAUGCCCUCGUUUUGGAGACAGCUGAGCAAAGGGCUGCGCUGUCUUUCAGUACAACGGAGGUGGCCUUCGCGCGCGCGGAGGUCACGGCAUGGAAAAGAGAGACUGACGAGUUGGCGUCGAGGCUUCAAAAGCAGGAGUGGAAGGCCCUGGAGGAUGAGGCUGCUAUGGAAGAGGCACGGUUCCUUGAGGAGACCUCCAAGAAGGAGGAGGACACGAGUGCCCCGCCACCUGCCGACCAG